GUAGAUCCGAGGUCCUAGCCUGGUAGAGACAGAAGGACUUUGCUGUCUGUUGUCCCUCAGCCCUUUGACGCCCAGUUGUAUUUGCCCAACAGUUGGACUUUGGCCCAGCAGCGCAAGUGACUGGGGUUGGGAAGGAGGUCGGCUGCGGGCCGGGGAGUCGCGGGCGCGCGCGUGCACAACGUUACCACGCGCCGGAAGUACUCUCCUGGACCAGCGGGAUGGAAGAGCUCCCCUGCCCCGAAGCCGGGGUGGUGGCGCCAGAGGUAGUCAUGUCUACCGAACCCCCAGCACCCUCCCUUGUAGAUCGAUACUUCACUCGCUGGUAUAAAGCGGAUGUUAAAGGAAAACCCUGUGAGGACCACUGUAUACUCCAGCACUCCAACCGAAUAUGCGUCAUCACACUGGCAGGAUCUCAUCCCGUUCUUCAAAGUGGCAAAACUAUUAAAAGUAUUUCCUAUCAGAUCAGUAACAAUUGUAGCAGACUUCAGAACAAAGUAUCUGGGAAAUUUAAACGGGGGGCACAGUUUCUAACAGAGCUUGCACCUCUGUGUAAGAUUUACUGCUCUGAUGGAGAAGAAUAUACCAUAUCUAGCUGUAUUAGAGGUCGAUUAAUGGAAGUGAAUGAAAACAUUCUUCAUCAGCCAUCUCUUCUUCAGGAAAAGCCGUCCACCGAAGGCUACAUUGCAGUUGUGUUACCCAAAUUUGAGGAAAGUAAAAGCAUAACAGAAGGGUUACUGACACAGCAGCAGUAUGAAGAGGUCCUGGUAAAACGCACUGAUGCCACCACAGUCACGUCCUGAGCCCUGCAAUAGGGGCAGCACAGGAUUGUCACCCUACUAUCGGUGCCCUGAAGACAGCCAGUGUGUAUGAAGCGUCCCUCACAGCCGCCAGCCGUGGAAGGAGCCUAAGCCUUCACCUAAUUUCCCUCAUUUGUCUCAACAUCACAAGCGUUGGUCCCAUUUGUAUUCAGGCUCUCAGAUCUGCUUUGUCCAGGUACUUGCUUUGUGUGCUGGGAAGUGCACUUGUGGGUAUUCACUUGCGUAUGUGUCAGAAAACAACUUCAAGGGCUCUUUUACCUUUGUUAAGGGCUUUGGAAGUUUGCCAGAUAGCUCGCGUCCUCUGCCUCCUCGUGUCCUCUGCCUCCCAUCUUACAGGGCUGGUAUUACAAGUACACACCACCAUACCAGCUUUAUAUGGGCCUGGAAACCCAAACUCUGGGCUUCGUGCUUUCAAGGUGUAUUAGUUACUGUUCAGUUGCUGUCAUAAAAUACCAAACUAAAAGCUUAUAGUCCAGAGGACUAGAUGACCACAAUAGUGGGAAGGCACAGUAGCCAGAGCAGGAAGCUAAGAGGUCACAUCUCUACCACACACCAAGAGCAGAGUGAACUGGACGGAGAAUGUAGUUAUAAAAUGCCCCUGGUGCUACAAUCCCUCAGCAAGACUUUGCGUCCUAAAAGUUCCAUAAGCUCCCCAAACAGUACCACCAACUGGGGACCAAGUGCUCAAAUACCUAAGUCUAUGGGCAUCAUUUUUCAUUCAAUCUACAACAUUCUUCCCAUGAUGCCUGUAGGCCCAUAGUCAGCUCAUACAAAACGUAGUUAGUCCAAUAUCAAAAGUUCCCACAGUCGUUAACACUCUCAGUGCUGCUCCAGAUUCUCUUCUGAGACUCAAUGCAAGCCUUUGUCUCCCCUGUAAAUCAAAAAGCCAAUUACAUACUUCCAACAUACGAUGGCACAGAACAUAGAUUCCCAUUCCAAAAGGAAGGGAUGAUGGCAUUGUAAGGAAAUAUUGGACCAAAGGCCAAAACCAGCAUGGUGAACGCCAAACCCUGCUGCUCUAUCCCCACUGUGUAAGGGUUUAGUUUCUGAGACGACUCUGACCCAGCAGCACUGAGCCUGUAACAGAUCAUUCUCUGGAUGGCUCCACUCUGCAGCUCAUCCCGGGCAGACAUCCAGCUUUGUAUCCCAGUGUCUUGGGGUUUGUGCCAUAACCCAAGCUUUACCUUCACAGCUUGACAGUGGCUUCCCAUGGCCUCUUGAAGAAACCCCAAAUCUGCCACAUGGUUCCCAGCAUCAGUGACUUUCUGAAGCCAGAAGAAUCCAGACUUUUCAUUCUUGCAUCUUUUAUGCCUACAAAGCUAGUACCAUGUGGAAAAUGUUUGAAAAUUAGACUGUCAGCUUUCAGUGCCUUUGAUCACAUCCACAGUAGCUCUUGUGUUGCUUUCUGCAAGCAAACAGCCAGGUUCUGGUGCUGUCCCUCAUAGAGCGGGGGUUUAUCUGAAAGGAUUCUUGCCUUGACUAACUUCCAUUGUCCCAGUGUGGAGCAGGAGACUUCUUUUUUAACUCUGAGUUUCACAUCAUCACCCCAGUCCCUUAUCUCCCUGACCCCUCAUAUCAGCCCUCCACACUUGGCAACCUCAAUAAAAGACACACACACACACACACACACACACACACCAAAGCUUAGAAAGUAGUAUAUCAGAGUGUGUCCCACAGUCUAUACCUGUCUAUACAUCCUCACUUGCAAAUGUUCACUGCAGUAAAUGGUUGCUCUGGUUCAGGAUCUCUGGUUUCUGUGACACCAUCAAUAUUGCAUCCUCAUUGGGACUUCUCCCAGUUACUCUGUUGUUGCCCUGUGUCAUUGAAAUCCUGAAGCUCUGGAUGGACAGGACUGGCCCUUUCACAGAUGGAGGAGAUUUUGGAGUGGGUCAGUUCAGAGCCCUAGGCCUGGGCCUGGUGGUAGCUGAGCUGGUUAGCAGGCCUUCUCUUCCUCAUCUGCACCACCAGGGGGAGCUGUUGUUUUGUUUUUUAAUGUAUAAGUAUUCUAUCUGCAUGUACACCUCCGUGCUAGAAGAGGGCAUCAGAUAAUCAUGAGUCACCAUGUGGUUGCUGGGAAUUGAACUCAGGACCUCUGGAAGAGCAGACAGUGCUCUUAACUGCUGAGCCAUCACACAAGCCAACCAGGGGACUUCUUAUAGCACUAAUCUCUAGUAAAAGCAGCCUUUCCCAAUGCAUGCCUCCGAGGUCAUUAUUAAGUCAACAUUAAGCUUUCCUGUGCUCUUUUCUGAGCUGUACAUUUGUUAUUUCCCCACAACAUGUUUGUUUUCAUUGAUCAUUAUACUGUCUAGAAAUAGCUAAUGCCAGAGAAAUGGGUCCAUUACUUUUAAAUUCAGCUUUGGAUAGAAAGCAGCCAGAUUCUUUGUCAAAGGGUCACAUAAAUGGCCUCUACUGUCUGUAUUACUCACAACACUACAGUCUUACAGGCUCAAAACAGCCAGUACUGUUCACAGUGCUUUCAGCAUUCAAUCAUUUUUCUGAUCCAAAGUCCCAGAGUUCCACAUUCUUACAGAAACAAAAAAACCAACAUGGUCACACUUUUUUAAAAAGAUUUAUUUAAUGUAUGCGAGUGCACUGUCGAUAUUUUCAGACACACCAGAAGAGGAUAUCAGAUCCCAUUAAAGAUGGCUGUGAGCCAUCAUGUAGUUGCUGGGAAUUGAACUCAGGACCUCUGGAAGUGUAGUAUUCUUAACCGCUUAGCUUUCCAGCUCCCCUUUCCAGCCUCCCCUCCUUUUUUUAAUGGUCACAUUUUUUUCACAGCAACACCCUUACUUGAUACCAGCUUCUGUAUUAGUUGCCUAUCUAUUGCUGGGAUAAAACACCAUGACCAAAAGCAAUUCAAAAAUUUAUUUUGGCUUAUAAUCUCGUGGGCUAGAUGCUCAUGGCAGCAGGCACAAGAAGCUGAAAGGCCACAUCAGAACCUACUGGAAGCACACAGUGAAGUGGACCAGGGCUAUAACCACAAAGCCUGCCCCCAGCGACAUGCCUCUUCCAGCAACUCUGUAUCCUAAAAGUUCCUAACAUCCCCAAACAGUGCCACAAACCGGGGACCAAGUAUUUGAAUACUUUAGACCACAGGGGCAUUUUCCUUCAGUCUACAGCAGGAGAUGAGCAUUCUACUGACUGAGCCAUUUCCCCAGCCUCGCUGUUUCUCUCUUGCCACCCUAACAAAUGGCGAAUAAGGAAUACUUUCUGAUUAAAAAAUACAAAGCUCUUGAG